UGAAACUUCUCACAUGGCUCCUAUUUAAGUGCGCAUCAAAUUAUUUCGAGUAUACAUGCAUUCAAGUGUUUGUUCUGAGUACGAGAGAGGAAAAUGUCUUCGAGCGCGAGUGCUUCUUCUUCAAAGAGUAAGAAAAGAGUUGGACCUGAAAAUGACUUCAAAGUUGGGAAACAACUCAAAGUACUCAUAGUUGAUGAUGAUGACGUGUCUCAAACAACGUACAUUUUAUUUCUUCAGAAGUGCGGAGUGGAAACUUUGGGAGUGAGAAAUGGAAACGUAGCAGUCAACAUCCAUGAUAUUACACAAAUGCGUUUCGAUUUAAUCUUUAUGAACUCUGUGCUGCCGCUUAUGGACGGUAUCCGGGCAACAAAAAAGCUUCGAGAAAUGGGAAUUACAACUAUGAUUGUUGGAAUGACUAAUGUGAAUGACAAGGAAGAAGUUCGCAAAGAAUUUAUGGAAGCUGGUCUUGAUGAUUGCUACGAGAAGCCAUUGACCCCUGAAAUAUUUCGCAGCCUUCUUGAAAAACUUUCCAACAAAGCUUAAGAUCAAGUCAUCUCUUAUCAGACUAAAAUUAUAUGUUGUUAUUUAGUUAAUUAUCUUAUUAUGAAUUAUAUGUAGUGAUGAAGUACUCUAGGGUUCAUGUACUUGACCUAUACAAGUACUUUCAAAAUGCAGGUAUGUAUCAAAGAUGUAGCAGACAUAUGAUUAUGAAUUAUGAUGCUAUGUCCUUAUUG